CGCCACUCGCGCGCCCGGGCUCCUUCCCGCCACGCUCACGACGAUGCCGUCCCCGACGUCCUAUCUUCUCCUGAAUCCCUCCAAACCCUCCUCCUUCCGCCGACUCUCGGCCCCGCGCCUGAGCCGGUUCCAUGUCUCCUGCGACGCGCCACGGGGCGGCGGGAGGCGCGAGGUCAUCCCCGCCGGUGCCAGCAAGGCCAAGAAACAGAUCGUAUUCUUCGACGCCGCCCCGCCGGUGUCCCAGGAGGGUGGAGGCGCCGUGAAGAAGGCGGGGAGCGAGAAGCUUACCCAGGUGGGCAGCGGCAACGCAGCGCUGGCGUUGUUGAGGAGGGCAACCAAGAUGACACUCUCGGUGCUGUCCAACCUCCCGCUCGCUAUCUCCGAGAUGUUCGCCAUUGCCGCCCUCAUGGCUCUAGGAACGGUGAUUGACCAGGGAGAGGCACCCAGCUACUACUUCGAGAAGUUCCCCGAGGACAACCCGGUCUUCGGCUUCAUCACGUGGAGGUGGAUCCUCACCCCCGGGUUCGACCACAUGUUCUCCUCGCCAGUCUUCCUCGGCCUCCUUGCGCUCCUCGCGACGUCCCUCAUGGCUUGCACCUACACGACCCAGCUCCCCAUGGUCAAGGUCGCAAGAAGAUGGUCGUUCACACAUUCCGGAGAAAGAAUACGGAAGCAGGAAUUUGCGGACUCGCUUCCCCAAGCAUCCAUUCAGGAUUUGGGAGUCAUCUUGAUGGGUGCUGGAUAUGAGGUAUUCACCAAGGGUCCAUCUUUGUAUGCUUUCAAAGGGCUAGCUGGUCGGUAUGCGCCUAUCGGCGUGCACUUGGCGAUGCUCUUCAUCAUGGCUGGUGCCACGCUAAGUGCGACAGGAAGCUUUAAGGGCUCCGUGGAUGUGCCUCAAGGGCUGAACUUUGUUAUAGGAGAUGUCAUGAAACCUAGAGGGGUCCUCUCUGUUGCGCCGGAUGUUUUCAAUACUGAAGUCCAUGUCAACCGGUUCUACAUGGAGUACUAUGACAGUGGAGAGGUCUCACAAUUCUACAGUGACCUCUCCCUAUUCAACCUUGAUGGUAAAGAAGUGAUGAGAAAGACUAUCAAAGUGAACGAUCCCCUGAGAUACGGAGGGGUCACCAUCUAUCAGACAGACUGGGGAUUUUCAGCAUUGCAAGUGAAGAAAAAUGGUGAAGGCCCUUUCAAUUUGGCGAUGGCCCCCUUGAAACUGAAUGGGGAUAAGAAGCUCUUUGGAACAUUCUUGCCACUUGAAGAUUCAGACUCGUCGAAUCCAAAUGUCAAAGGAAUAUCAAUGCUUGCUCGAGAUUUGCAGUCUAUUGUGUUGUAUGAUCAAGAUGGUAAGUUUGUAGGGGUCCGUCGGCCAAGCUCAAAACUGCCUAUUGAGAUCAAUGGCAAUGAAAUACUCAUUGAAGAUGCUAUUGGUAGUACUGGACUGGAUCUUAAGACUGAUCCAGGAGUUCCUAUUGUUUAUGCUGGUUUUGGUGCGCUUAUGUUAACGACCUGCAUUAGCUAUCUUUCACACUCUCAGAUAUGGGCAUUGCAAGAUGGAAGUACAGUGGUCGUUGGAGGAAAGACAAAUCGAGCCAAACUUGAAUUUUCUGAAGAGAUGAACCGGCUACUUGAUAAAGUACCAGAGCUGAUCAGCGCCGAUGAGAAUCUAUUAGAUACCAAAUCGACAGCCACAUGAAACAUUUUUUUGUGUGUUUUUGUUUGGGAUUGCUGAAGAUGCAGUAGCUCUGUUCAGGUGAACACACGUUCGAAUUCACAAAACAUGGCCUUCAAGAAUAGAAAAACUGUUACAAUCUUUCAGUAGAACUUCUUAGAUCACACUUCAAUUGAGCUCUUUGUACAUCUUUGAAUGAGGAAACUAAACUGAUAGCUUGUUAUAUUACCAAUUUACCAAUUACCAUACUUUAGAGCAAAA